AUGUCCGACGCUCAUUGGCUAUGGAUCACGAAUGUGUGCAGUUCGAUUGGUGUCGUCACCACACUUAUCGCCAAUUGCACAUUGCUCACAAUGCUCUAUUUGCGGCCCUCAAAAGCCAUGGGAAGCUAUCAGUAUUUGAUGGCGAUUUUCAGCAUUUUCAGCAUGUUUUACACGGCGGUGGAGACUUUUUUGAGACCGGUAAGGGAUUUGGAGAGCUUCAGAGGGCUUUAGAGGGCUUUAGAGGGCUUUGGGGGGCUCCUAGAGGCUUCCCAAGGCUUUUCAAGGCUUCCCAAGGCUUUUCAAGGCUUCCCAAGGCUUCCCUAGGCUUCCCAAGGCUUCCCAAGGCUUCAGAAGGCCUCAGAAGGCUUCUCAAGGCUUCCCAAGGCUUCCCAAGUGGAUUUUCCUACAGUAACCCGAGGGUUUUGGGUUACUGUAGCUCAAAUUUUUUUCGAGAGAUUCUGGGUACUGUAAGAGGUCGGGUUACUGUGGCUGAAUUGGAAAAUUACAGUACUUAGAAAUCUGAGCUACAGUAACCUAAGUUUCUGGUAGAUCAAAAUUUUUGCAGGGUACUGUAGCUCAAAAACUGCAAACUUUAAUGGGAAUAAAAGAACUACAGUACCCCCCCGGGUUACUGUAGCUCAAAAAAACACACAAAUUAGAAGCUACAGUACCCCUCAAAAAAUAGUGCCAUGAAAGGAUCCAAAAAUUCUGGUAGCUCAAAAAACUGCAAAUUUUCCCGGGUGAAAAACUACAGUACUCCGCGGGUUACUGUAGAAACUCCAAGUUACCCUAACUACCCUAAUUCUUUGCAGAUAAUGCACAUUUACGAUAGCACGGUGUUUGUGAUCCAAAGAAAACGCUUCGAUUAUUCUUCAACUGUGGCCCGAGCGAUUUCUUGUGAGUUUUUAGGCCUUAGGCCCAAGCCUAAGGCCUAGGCUUGGGCUUAGGCCUAAGCCUUAGGCCCAAGCCUAAGCCUAGGCCUAGGCCUAAGCUUAAGGCCCUGAGUACCUUAACACCCCUAAAAUCCAGCCACCUACUGCGGUUGCUACUCGAUGAGUUUCGUUCUGUUCGCCGUCCACUUCAUCUACCGCUUCUUCGUCUCAUGCAAGUAA